AUAUCUAUGUUCGGAUCUUGCAUUAAAUUAUGAAACAAAUUGUCAUCAUUUUUUAUUUCUUAUCCUUCACAAUAUACUUACUAAGUAAUUAUUUUAUCCACUUUUUACAAACAACAAUUCCAAAAUUUGUCCACCAUGAACGCAAAAGCGAGCAUCAAUAGCAAAUCAUCGAACAGCAGUAAUGUUUGAUUUAUCAAUCACAUCGUGAUGCAUGGUCAUCAUUUUUGUUGAUGAAAUACUCAUUUUAACAUUCAUUCAUUCGAUGAAUUUUUUUAUAUUCAUUCCAUCCAUUCAAAUCACGUUGAUCAACUGAUUGAUUAUUUCAUAUUCAUUGAUGGAAUUUUAUUUCAUUUAGAAAUGAAAUGAAAUGAAAUUACUACCCAAAUAAUUUUUGUUUAACUAAAAUCCUACUACACUUCAUAAAUAGAGCUAAAUGAAUUCGAUUGAAGAUCGGCAUAAUCAAACCAAAAAUCAUUGUAGCACAUUUUCAUUCGGCCACAUGUCUUCAUCAUCGGCGACAUUGGCUAUCCAUCCUCAUCAUCAUCAUUUUUAUGGCCAUGAAAUUGGACAUCAUUAUCAUCAUCAACAUCAUCCACAUUUACAACAACAACAACAUCAUUAUCAUGUACAGCCACCACCUUCAUCAGCAUCACAAAUAACUAGUAAUUCAUGUACAGCUGCCAAUACACUUUUAUCUGGUGAAUAUCCUACGAUACGAUCUGGAACACAAUCAACAAAACGAUGUUGUCAAUGGUGUCGUUGUUCAAAUCGUUUAGUUACCGGUAUCGUUAUAACGAUACUUCCCAUUGCCAUCACUUCCACAUUGAUCUGUGUGUUUAUGAUGCAGAAAACUAAUCUACAUCAAUAUGCCAUAUAUUCAUUUGUCAUAUUCUGUGUUGCUUUUGUCUUUCCAUUUGCAUUAUUCUUUUUCACAGUCAUCCUGAAUAAGCUUUAUAAAUUUUAUAAACGAGAAAUACUAUCCAAUUCACCCACAAAUAUUAAUUCAUUAAUGACGGAUAGUUGUGAUUCAGAAUCGGCUGCCAUCGGUGGAACAACCACAUCGGGUUAUAAUAUCAGUGCCAAUAAUAAUAAUAAUUCAUUAUCACCGAAUAAUAAUGGUGCUAUAAUGAAUCGAGUUAUUGUAACCAAUGCUCAUCAUUCAUCAUUAGAUCCAAAUCAAUCACCACAAAGUGAUCAUCAUCAUCAUCAUCAUCUUCAUCACCAUCAACAACAACAUCAUCAUCUUCAUAAUCAUCAACAUUCACCAAGUGGUUUGAUUUGUUAUAAUACACGAUCCUAUCAUCAUCCAUAUUAUUAUCAAAUUCAAGAAGGUACCGUUGUUGCUUUGGCACCAGACAAUACAUUGAUUAUUGAAGAUAGCCCUCCAAGCUAUGAGAUGGCAUUACUUUGUCCAAGUGUUAAUACGCACAACCAGCAAACAUGUCCAAAUUCCUUAAUUGAUCCAUCACAAAUGCAAGUGAUCUUACCAAAAGAACAUUGUAAAGAAAAACAAUUAAUAUCAAAACAUAACCAUGAACGAUCUAAUGGUGACAAUUUUGUUGAUAAUGAAAAUGUUGAAGAUAAUGAUAACAAUGGCGUCAAUAUUGAUGAUAAUAAUGAUGAAAUACCAAAAUUUAAUAAAUGUUUCAAUUAG